AUGUCCGCCACAGACGAUUACGACAAGCUUACGCCUGAGCAGCGCGAGGCACGCGAUAAAGCCGAUCGCGCACGCGAAGCGGCCGAGCAGGCUGCGCUACCCUACCGCUGGACACAACAACUUGGAGAUGUCGACGUCACUAUCCCUGUUCCUAAGGGCACUCGGGGGCGCGACUUGACUGUCGUGAUCCAGAAGAAGAAGCUGAGCGUAGGCCUGAAGGGAAAGGACCCCAUCAUGGCGGGCGAGCUCUGCAAAGAGAUCAAGGUGGACGAUAGCACUUGGACACUUGAGGAUCAGGAGAGUGUUCUCGUUCAUCUCGAGAAGUUUAACCAACAGCAGUGGUGGGAGAACGUUUUGACCCAUCACCCGAAGCUGGACACGACCAAGAUUCAACCUGAGAGCAGCAAGCUGAGCGAUCUGGAUGGAGAGACGAGAGCAAUGGUGGAGAAGAUGAUGUUUGAUAAUCAGCAAAAGCAAAUGGGAAAGCCUACCUCGGAUGAAUUGAAGAAGACGGAGGCGUUGAAAAAGUUCCAAGCUGCUCAUCCAGAGCUUGACUUCUCUCAAGCCAAGAUCUCGUAG